UAACCUUUGACCUUUCCCGGAAGUAAAUAUUUCCGUUAUUCACCGAAAUAGUAUUAAAGUUUUAAGUUGUUCGAAAAUAUGUUGAUGUUAUUCAAAUGAACUCUUCAUAAGCACAAAACAUGCCGCUAGGUAGAAAGGGGGCGCUUCGAAGAACCGAUGGGAACAACUAUGGUGCCAUACCGACAAAUGACGAUAGUGACAGCAAUGGUAUUGGCAGAACUUCUGACGAUAUGUACGGGCGUCAUAGUCCACAACCGAAUCCCCCGAGCGGACGUCUUAGCCCGAGGUUGGGUGGUAGUGUACCAUCGAGGCCAAGUCAAGUCUCCCUAAAUAACGACAAAAUAAGCAAACUUAAGGAGCAAGUAAAUGAAGUGAAAGGGAUUAUGAAGAACAAUAUUGAGAAAGUUAUAGAACGAGGUGACAAAGUGGAGGAACUUAGUGGAAGAACUGAAAAUUUGGCAGAAACGAGCGUACGCUUCCGGUCUAAUGCUACCGACCUGCGUAAAAGCACUCAGUGUAUGAACCGGAAGCUCAUUUGUUGCAUCGUCUGCGUUGUUGUUGUCGUGGUAACAGCAGUGACAUUGAUAGUAUUGUUUUCCUUGAAAGUUAUUUAGCCCAAGGCAAUCUGCUGAAUGACUGAAAAUCAGAAGAUAACCAGGAAGAAUUGUCCGAAUGUGUCAAAGAGAUAAAUUAUUCAGGGAUUUCUAUAAGAUUUUCACAAUAUCGCAUCGUUUUAUCUGUUAUCUUUAUCUGUUUUUAACUGUUGUUCUGUUUUAGAUACAUGCGUGCAGUUUGUGUUUUUAUUAUCAUUAUGCAGUGUGUUUUUAUUAAGAUAUUUUCUCGGUAGACUUACCAUAGCCAUGGUGAGUGUUACAAGUUUGUGCAAUAUGCUUAUCAUAAUUACAUAAACUUUUUUUUGUUAUGUUAAUAUAUAUUUGUUUGAUGAUUAUUUAGCACACAUGCUAGAGAUCACUAUACAAUGCAUGCAAUGUGCCUUUUUUAUAACAUUUUUUAAACAUUCCAGAUGUAAGUUAUAUCUUUCUAUUAUUAUAAUUGAUACUAUUAAAUGGCUUUCAUACAAGAA